UGUGCUGGCCCUGGGCAGUAACUGGGGGCGUGAGUGGCAGUGCCAGCUAAGUCCCUAACUGCUGCGCUCUCCUCCUGAAGGCCCUGGCCGGCGGCAUGUGGCUGCCGCGUGUCUCCAGCACCGCGGUGACCGCACUCCUGCUGGCGCAGACCUGCCUUCUGCUCUUCCUGGUCUCCAGGCCUGGGCCAUCAUCCCCAGCCGGUAGUGGGGAGCGCGUGCACGUGCUGGUGCUGUCCUCGUGGCGCUCAGGCUCGUCCUUCGUGGGCCAACUCUUCAGCCAGCACCCUGAUGUCUUCUACCUGAUGGAGCCCGCGUGGCACGUGUGGGCUGCCCUGUCGCAAGGCAGUGCGCCGGCGCUGCACAUGGCCGUGCGCGACCUGGUGCGCUCGGUCUUCCUCUGCGACAUGGACGUGUUCGACGCCUACCUACCGUGGCGCCGCAACCUGUCAGACCUCUUCCAGUGGGCGGUGAGCCGAGCGCUAUGCUCGCCGCCCGCCUGCAAUGCCUUCCAGCGUGGCGCCAUCAGCAGCGAGACGGUGUGCAAGCCGCUGUGCGCGCGGCGGCCCUUUGGCCUGGCCCAGGAGGCCUGCCGCUCCUACAGCCACGUGGUGCUCAAAGAGGUGCGCUUCUUCAACCUGCAGGUGCUCUACCCACUGCUCAACGACCCUGCGCUCAACCUGCGCAUUGUGCACCUGGUGCGGGACCCGAGGGCGGUGCUGCGCUCCCGCGAGCAGACGGCCAAGGCGCUGGCGCGCGACAACGGCAUCGUGCUGGGCACCAACGGCACAUGGGUGGAGGCCGACCCGGGCCUGCGCGUGGUGCGCGAGGUGUGCCGCAGCCACGUGCGCAUCGCCGAGGCCGCCACGCACAAGCCGCCAUCCUUCUUGCGCGGCCGCUACCGGCUGGGGGGGGUCGGGGGGCCCGACCCGCUGUCGGAGAUCCGCGCGCUCUACGCCUUCACCGGCCUGAACCUUACGCCGCAGCUCGAAGCCUGGAUCCACAAUAUCACUCACGGGUCGGGGCCCGGAGCGCGCCGCGAAGCCUUCAAAACCACCUCCAGGGACGCACUCAACGUCUCCCAGGCCUGGCGCCACGCACUGCCCUUCGCUAAGAUCCGCCGCGUGCAGGAGCUGUGCGCAGGCGCGCUGCAGCUGCUGGGCUACCGGCCCGUGUUCUCCGAAGAGGAGCAGCGCGACCUUGCCCUGGACCUGGUGUUGCCCCGCGGCCCCAGCAGCUUCAGCUGGGCGUCGUCCACUGCCGUGCAACGGAAGCCUUAGUGAAGCCUUAGCGCAGGACCCCAGAUGCGGCGGUCGUCUGGGCCCUGAGACCCGGUGCACGGUGGAAAGGGGGUCAGGGUGCCAAGAGAAGCAGGCGACUACUGAGGGCCAGGAGUGCAGGGGCCUCCACUGUCGUAGGACAGGACUGAGUCUUCAGACUGCAAUUUCUUUCUCCCCAGAUUCUUGGCUUUUCUUUGAGUCCUCUUUA